AUGUCGGAAGAAGACAAGACUACCCCCAAUAAACUCUCCACUGGACCACUCAGUCCCAAACCCGAGUCGCCGACUACCGCGCGCCCUCUAGAUUUUGAUGAUGAACCUCAGGAAACCGGUGUCACUGCAGCACCGUCAACAGCCCCUGCUCAGCAGGGCGCUGCGGAAGCUGCCCCGCCUAAGCCACCCCGCCCAUUGAGCCCCCGGCAAGAGGCCGAGAAUACCCUCAAGGAAGCAUUCCCCUCUAUCGAGGCAUCGGUGAUCAAAGCAGUGUUGGUGGCCAGUAACUGGGAUGUGGAACGGUCAUUCCAUGCUUUGCUUAGCAUGACGGAUCCCAGUGCUGUCGAACAAGAUGCGCCGCCCCCGAAGCCACCACGCCCAACUGCUGCGCAGAGGCAGCUAGAAGCAGAUGAGAUGUAUGCCCGUCAGCUGGCCGAGCACUACAACCGUCCUGCGCGCCAACCCCGUUGGGACAACGAGUACCCACAGCAGCGGCCACGAAGAGGAAGCGAUGGAUCGGAGGAAAAAGAAUACAGCUUUUUCGAUGAUGAUCUCCCUGUGAUCCGUGAGAACCUUCGCAAAGGAUUCUUGGAUACCCAGACGAAGGUCAACUCGUGGGUCCAGAAUCUGAAGAAACGCCUCGAUGGCGAAACACCUGAGGCCGGACCUUCUGGUCAAGGCCAGCCCGAUGAGAACUAUGGUAGACCUAGACGGAGCGGGGACCUAGGUCGUCGGAGCGGCGAUCGCGAACGCUACGAUGCCGAUCAUCGCAUCCUGAACGACGACUUUUCCUCACUUGAACUGAGAGAUGCGGAAGCUCCUCCUCCGCGCCCCCCGCGCCCUCUCGCCAAUCCCGAUCUUUUCAAAACCUCUUCAUCUUCCCCUGAUCGACGCAAGGUCUCCUUCCAGGAGGGACCACCUACCGAGAUUGACAACCUCUACGAUGCCUCUGAGCCCGUCAGACGUACGUCUCCCGCGACAGGCAAGUCGAGCAAGUGGCAACCUCUGUCGACUGUUGACCCUUCGCCGGUCGGGGAACAUGACCCGUUCAGUCUUGGGGACAGUGACGAUGAGAAAGAAAAGGAAGCCAAGACUAAGGAGCAGAGCACAGCUGAGGCUGGGCCGGCCAGCGAAGCGUCGAAAGACAGCAGCAAGGCCGAGAAUGCUGGCAAGUCGUAG